UUCUAGUGACGAGUGAUGGAAUAUGGACCGUCAUGGACAAUUGGACACUGAUACUAAAGAUUGAGAAUCAAAAAUUGAAAAUUGAAACCUUUCCUGAUUUUCAUCAAAAUACUCAGAUUUAAUUUUCUCAUCCACAUACUGAAACUUUUCCGGGUAGUAAAUACCAACAUUUGUCUUCAUCCCAACAAAUAAGAUUCUUUUCUCUUUAAUCCAGAAAAAGUAAAAUGGUUAGGGAAGUGGAACCCUUUGGGCUUUCCUUUGCGGCUUUGCUUUAACCCCUUUUCUUUGUUCUCUCUAUCCUGGCCCCUUUAUAAAUCUUGACUCUGCCCGGCUUCAAGGGUUUAUCUUAGUUUAAAGUUGAAAGAGAUAAAAAGGGUUUUUGAAGAUAAAAAACAAACAAAGCCCAUAAAGAGGGUAUAUUUUCCUUAUAAAUUGAGUGAUGGCUGAUGAGGGUAUUGUUGCAUCUGGUAUAGAUUUGCCAGUGAAAAGACCAAGGGAAGAGGAAGAACAAGGCAAGAAUAUGACUGAAAACAAUGGAAAUGGGGUUUCUUCUGUUUCAAUGGAGACUGAAGAUUCCAACAAAUUACCCAAUUCUUUCUCCUCUAUUAUUCCUGGAUGGUUCUCUGAGAUUAGCCCGAUGUGGCCUGGUGAAGCACAUUCACUGAAAGUUGAGAAGGUUCUGUUUCAGGGGAAGUCAAAAUACCAGGAUGUAAUAGUCUUUCAGUCAUCAACAUACGGGAAAGUCCUUGUUUUAGAUGGGGUAAUUCAGCUCACCGAGAGAGAUGAAUGUGCAUAUCAAGAGAUGAUCACUCACCUCCCGCUUUGCUCUAUACCAAACCCCAAAAAGGUUUUGGUUAUUGGAGGCGGAGAUGGAGGAGUUCUGCGGGAGGUAGCUCGCCAUUCAUCAGUUGAGCAUGUAGAUAUUUGUGAAAUUGAUGAGAUGGUAGUGACGAUUUCAAAGGAAUUUUUUCCCGAGGUAGCUGUUGGAUAUGAUGAUCCUCGAGUAAAACUGCAUAUUGGUGAUGGAGUUGCAUUUUUGAAGGAGGCUCCAGCGGGGACUUAUGAUGCUAUUAUUGUAGAUUCAUCUGAUCCCAUAGGUCCAGCAAAAGAGCUUUUUGAGAAGCCCUUUUUUGAGUCUGUUGCAAAGGCACUUCGACCAGGGGGGGUUGUAUGCACUCAGGCCGAAAGCAUAUGGCUUCACAUGCAUAUAAUUGAAGAUAUUGUCUCAAACUGCCGUCAGAUAUUCAAGGGCUCAGUCAAUUAUGCGUGGACUACAGUUCCUACAUAUCCAAGUGGGGUUAUGGGCUUCAUGCUUUGUUCUACCGAGGGGCCAGAAGUUAAUUUUAAGCACCCCGUGAACCCGAUUGAUAAAAUUGACCGUGGAAAUGAGAAGCAUCCGUUGAAAUUCUACAAUGCAGAGCUUCACUCGGCAGCUUUCUGUUUGCCCACUUUUGCCAAGAAGGUCAUUGAUUCAAAAGCCAAGUAAUCUUCCUUUGGUGUGAAGAUGUCCGUUCCGUUUAAGUAGAUUUCAUUUGGCUUGGGCAGAGAAUAAAUCAACUAUAUUUAAACUUUAUGAGCAGAUAAGCUUUCGUAUUUUCUUGUCAUGAGAAAUGUAGUAUGAUAGUGUUAGUUGGAAUUUCUUCCGUUAUUAUGCAGAACUGUGAGAAUUCAUGGGAUCCGAUUUGUUGGCUUAUUUUACCUCGAGUUUUCAUUAAUGACAACGAAUGUUGAUGAGCCUUUUAUUAUUAUUAUUAUUAUUAUUAUUAUUAUUAUUAUUAUUA